GUUGAUCGGCGGUGGAUUUAUUGACAGCUUCCCAAAUCCCACAGAACAGUUUUUGAAAUCAGUCGUGAAAUCUCGCAAGUCGUGUGUGUACAUUAAAUAAUAAGAUUUCAGUAAAAACGAAGCAUUGUUCAAUAAAUCCACAUUUCGGAGCCUGCGUUUGAGCGACAAGAGGCAAAAGUCAAACCAGAACACCGCACGGAAGGAAACAUCGAAACAGAAAACGAGGAAUCUGAGACGACGUUCCAUUUCUAGACGUUUCUUGUCAAGUGGAAGCGAGAAUCUUUGGAGCCUAGUCGUCGUACACGCGAGCAACCAAGUCGUACUACUCGGAACUUACGUUUUGACAAAUCGUGCCUAAUAUUCGAUUGGCAGUUUUAUUUCUUGCCUGUGUUUAAUUUGUUUAUCGUAUGUCCAUCCAGAAUUUGCAAAAAUUUGACCCCUUUGCUGAUGCAAUUAAGGGUGCUGAUGACACUGUUCAGGACGGUCUUGUGCACAUAAGAAUCCAGCAGCGAAAUGGUCGAAAAACACUAACUACUGUGCAAGGCCUUUCUUCGGAAUAUGACCUGAAAAAAAUAGUGCGAGCAUGUAAAAAGGAAUUUGCGUGCAAUGGCACUGUAAUUGAGCAUCCCGAAUACGGCGAAGUAUUGCAGCUUCAAGGUGAUCAACGUGAAAAUAUUUGUCAGUGGCUAACAAAAUCUGGACUUGCGAAGCCAGAUCAACUGAAAGUACAUGGUUUUUAAGCAAGACGAACAACUUAGCGCGUAUGAUCGAACAAUUAAUAAUUUUCUUGAAAUACUGUAAAGAAGUGAAUUUAUUCAUCAUCCAUCCCAAGAAUAUCGAGAAAUCUUUAAUAAAUCACCAGCGAUUAAAAAUUUACGAUAAAUAAAAUACAAUACAUAAUGAAUUAAUAGUUUUUUGUAUUAUAAUGAAAAAUACCUAAAUGAGAAAUAAUUUCCGUUCAAUAUAUUUUCCAUAUUCACAUAAACGAGAAAGAGACAGAGAAAUAUACAAGAAGUGAAACACCAAAAUUUCAUUGAGCGGAGAUUGUAGUUUAAUGAAAAAACCGACAAAAUAUAUGAUAGAGUAUAUUUAGGAUUUCAAUUUGUUAUUUUUUCUUGUUUCAGUAAUUGCUUUCCAUUGCUUUGUUCUCUUCUGUAAUUUAACUUAAAUCGAGUUUGUCGUGCUAGUAAAACGUUGAUAUACCUCCUUGAUGCAUUAAUGAGCAUAAGUAAUCUCCAAAAUUUUGAUAUCCUCUCAAUAGUUGCGAAUAUGUGCAGAACAGCAACAACCUCCACAAUAUUCGAGGGUUGAACUUACACAUCUGGUGCUAGUAGACACGGUAGCUAGCUUGCGUGAUAACUCAAGAGGUGCAACUCUGUUGAUACUUUGUGUUCGUGUUGAUAACAAAAGACGAGCCGUCUCCACUCGUUUACGAUGGAAUUGUAACUAAACUAAAAGAAAAAUCGCGAAAUAAUCAUUUGUCCUUGGAAAGUCACAUCUUCCAUCAAUGUGUUUCGAAAUCAGUUUGUCAUUGCUAUCGUUUGCAGAAGAGGAUGAUUACCUUAGCUCAGUAACGCAUGAUAGUCCGCAAUGUUGUUUUGAAUAUAUGAAAUUCACUGAGAAAUGAUUGAUAGUCGUAACUUAUAGAAAUUCAAAUGUGAAACUCCAUUUGAUGGGCUUAUCUAGAGUCAAUUGUUAUCGCCAGCACUAACAAUGUAUUUAGGAGGGAUUGAUGUAUUCAGAGAAGAUCGCUUGUUUUAAUGACAAAUAGUUUGGAUUCCAUAUAAUUGAAUUUUGUACUUCAACCUUAAUUUUUUUUUAUCUUUUUUUUAAUAACGAUAUUUUUGUAUACCCGUAAAAUGAUUGAAAAGAUGUCUAGCAUAAUUCUUGGACAAAUUAAAAUCGUAACAUUUAUUCACUCUGACAUUAUAAUUUGCAGUAAUAGAAAUGUGGCUCUCAAAAUAAAUGCUUAGCUACUAA